AUGGCAGUACAACACAUUACAGAGAAUAGCAACAACGACGUGAAGGGUAGCUUCCUAGAAGCGACCUCGUCCGGUAGGGUUCGUCAUGAGCUGCAGGUGACACCAGACCGUCAUCAAGCUAAUGCGCUGAAGAACCAACAUCUGCUUAAACUUACUACCUGGAUUGCUAGAACAAUGAAUAAAACUGGAAAGUUGGAAAACAUCAAGGAAGAAAUGAACAGAUUACACAUCAAUAUCAUGGGCAUAUCUGAGAUGAGAUGGACAGGAGCUGGAGCUAUAUCAUCAGAAAACCAUAAGAUCAUAUACUCAGGAGGCGAACAGCACGAACGAGGAAGCAGUGACGAAGACAUAGACAGAUUUUAUGCCCAGUUAGAUCAGGCAUACUCGCAGUGCAAAUCCCAGGAUAUCAUCAUUGUUAUGGGGGAUUUCAAUGCUAAAGUUGGUAACGAGAGGGUAGACAACAUCGUGGAUCCUCAUGGACUCGGAAGCCGUAAUGAGAGAGGGGAGAUGCUGGUGGAAUGGGUGCAAACGAACAACAUGAUAAUUGGAAACACCUGGUUUAAGCAACCACCAAGAAGACUGUGGACAUGGUUGAGUCCGGAUGACCACACCCGGAAUCAGAUUGAUUACAUUCUUGUUAAUAAACACUUUCGUAACUCUCUUUUGGCAUCCAAAACGUUACCAGGAGCAGACUGUUACAACGAUCAUGUUCCAGUGAUGGGUCGAUUUAGGGCCAAGAUGAGAACACUGAAGAAACCUACCCUAAGGGAACAACUAGAUGUAUCAUUACUCCAGAAAGAUAACACUAUAAAGGAGAAGUACACUGUAGAGGUAAAGAACAGGUUCAGUGUUUUAGAGGAUCUUGAUUCCAUCGAGGAUCAUUGGAAGGGCUUGAAGGUUUCGAUCAUGGAUGCAGCAAACAAAGUGCUACCAAGGGUAAGAAGAACAACAAAGAAGAAAUGGAUGACAGAUGAAAUAUUGCUCCUUAUGGAGAGAAGGAGGGCUUCUAAGAACAACAAAGAAGCUUAUCAACAUCUAAACAAGCAAAUUACCAUCAAAUGCAAUGAAGCAAAAGAAGCUUGGCUUACUGAAAAAUGCAAAGAGGUUGAGAAACAUCAUAACUCUGAUUCAAGAGCCAUGCAUAAAAAGAUCCGUGAAAUUACCAACAUUAAGACUCAAUCAUCAUCAGGAUGUCUUAAAUCAAAGAUGGGGGGCACCAUCAUGGAACGUGACAAGAUCCUGGAGAGGUGA